UAUCAAGCGCCUUUCUACGUCUGUUGCAGUUGCACUCCCCAUCUUGAAGCUCUAGGCCUUUCGUUCCUUCCUCGGUUCCUGCUUCGAAACGAGUUAAAGAAAGAAAAGAGAAAAUCCAUAGAAUAAAACCCAUUCUCAUGGAAACUGAAGCUUUUCUGUCAAUUUCUUGAGUGUCUAGAUUUCCUUUUCGUGAUCUAUAAUUAUGCCAUGGAGGCCCUCAAUGCGGUAGGCUUGCCCCCAGUUUCAGUUCUUUCUGAUAGAAGAACUGAGCCCAGAAGGAUUUCAUCACUCCCUUCAAUUUCUCCCUUCAAAUUCUCCAAAUCUGCUAGUUCUGUUACCUCACCACCAAAUUUAACCGAUAUCCUGUCGAGGAGUCUUAAUGGGGGUCUAGUGGUUUUGACUUCUGUCCUUUCUGGUGAGCUUGCAAGAGCUCUUACUUAUGAGGAGGCUCUAGAGCAGUCUGUCAGCACUUCCACAUCUAGUAGUGGUCCUGAUGUUGAUGCGGGUGGUCUUGUUGACAGCGUUGUUAGCUUUGCAACAGAGAACCCUGCCAUCAUAGUUGGCGGAGCCACCAUUUUAGCGCUUCCAUUAGUUUUGUCUCAGGUUCUGAAGAAGCCUAAACCAUGGGGUGUUGAGUCUGCAAAGAAUGCUUAUGCAAAAUUAGCCGAUGAUGCUGAUGCUCAAUUGCUUGAUAUUAGAGAAGCGGUGGAGUUUAGGGAAGUGGGUAGCCCAGAUAUUAGGGGGUUGAAGAAGAAGGCUGUGUCCAUUGUAUACAAAGGUGAAGACAAGCCAGGCUUCUUGAAGAGGCUAUCUUUGAAGUUCAAGGAACCAGAAAAUACCACAUUGUUCAUUUUAGACAAGUUUGAUGGGAACUCUGAAUUGGUUGCAGAACUGGUCACUGCAAAUGGUUUCAAAGGUGCUUAUGCUAUAAAAGAUGGUGCAGAGGGUCCUCGAGGAUGGCUGAGUAGUGGUCUACCAUGGAUUCCCCCAAAGAGAGCACUCAGUUUUGAUUUUGGCAAUUUGACAGAUGCUAUAAGUGGUGCAUUUGGGGAAGGUUCUGAUGGUUUGCCUGUUACACUUGGAAUAGCAGCAGCAACUGGCUUAGGUGUAUUGGCAUUUUCAGAGAUAGAAACAAUACUCCAACUUCUGGGUUCAGCUGCACUUGUUCAGUUUGUCAGCAAGAAACUAUUGUUUGCAGAAGACAGAAAGGUAACAUUAAAACAAGUCGACGAGUUCUUGAACACCAAGGUUGCUCCCAAGGAGCUCAUUGAUGAAAUAAAGCAAAUUGGGAAGGCUGUUCUACCAUCACCUAUAGAUAACAAGGCUCUACCGGCACCUGUGGAAAGAGCACCCGAUACUGUGAAGAAGGCUGAAGCUGUUCCAGAGUUGAAUACUGAGCCAACAUUAGAAAAAACUGCAGAACCUAGUUCCGAGGUCAAUUCAGUACCCCAAACAGAUGUUAAAGCAGAAUCAGUUCCAGGACUGUCAAGAUCACUCUCGCCAUACCCAUAUUAUCCAGAUUUCAAGCCCCCAACCUCUCCUUCCCCCUCUCCACCCUAAAAUUUUGUUGCAGCGUGAGAUCCAGGUGUAUGUUUCUGCAACGGACAAAUGGUCUGACCCGGAAAUACCAGAAGCUACUCGGCAAUUGAUGUAGUUAAAUUUUUGUAUUAUAGAAAGGUGUAAGCUUUAAAUGGCACUUUGAAACUGAAGAAAAAAAUAUAUAUGCACAAAAUUAUUCGUUGCUGUCUAUAUUUUCCUGCUGUUGCUGAGUCAUGCAUCAAUUUCACUGUAACUAAAUGUAACGUCUUGUUUGGUUUGGUGUGGUUCUUGUCACAGAUCUGUUGGUUGUAUUAUGCUAUUAGCUUUAGCUAUAUGCAAUUACACAUUUCAUUGUAUUUUUAUCUA